AGCCGCCCUCGGUGUCAGUGGCCCGACUCCUGCGUCCGCCCCAGCUGCCUACUCGCCUCAGCACCUGUCGCUCGGUGUGUCCCAGAGCCGGCGCCCCUUCCUCCGUCGGGGCCAGGGAGUGCCAUGGUUUCCCUGCCCAGGCCCCCUGCGACCAGCUUGCUGCGGUUUUUGUUCCUGGGGCUGAGUACCCUCGCGUCCCCCUCACAGGCCCAGCUGGAGCUCCACGUGCCCUCUGGCCUCACCAGGUUGAAGGCAGUGGAAGGAUCAGAAGUGGUGCUCCCAGCGUGGUACACCGUGCAAGGACAGGUAUCUUCGUCCCAGCGGUGGGAGUUGCUCACGGUGAUGUGGUUCUUGGAGCAAGAAGGGAAGGAUCUGAACCAGGUGCUGGCGUACAUCAGUGGGACCACGUCAAGCAAAAGUGGGGUAUCCUUGGUCUACUCCAUGCCUUCCCAGAAUGUGUCACUGCGGCUGCAGGACCUCCAGGAGAAAGACUCUGGGUCCUACCGCUGCUCAGUGAAUGUGCAAGACCACCAAGGCAUCAAAAGGAGCCACAGCAGCAAAACUUUAGAACUCAGUGUGCUGGUUCCUCCAGCUCCUCCAUCCUGUGGUCUCCUGGGUGUGCCCCGUGUGGGGACCAAUGUGACCCUGAGCUGCCAGUCCCCGAGGAGUAAGCCAGCUGCCCAGUACCAGUGGGAGCGGGCACCCCCAUCCGCCCAGGUUUUCUUUGCACCAGUUUUAGAUGCCAUCCGUGGAUCCUUAAGCCUCACAAACCUUUCCAGUCCCAUGUCUGGAGUCUAUAUCUGCAGGGCCCACAAUGAGGUGGGCAGUGCCCAGUGCAAUGUGACCUUGGAAGUGAGCACAGGGCCAGGGCCUACGGUUGUUGCUGGAGCUGUUGUGGGCACUCUGGUUGGACUGGGGCUGCUGGCUGGGCUGGUCCUCUUGUACCAACGCCGAAGCAAGGCCCUAGAGGAGCCGGCCAAUGAUAUCAAGGAGGAUGCCACUGCUCCCCGGACCCUGCCUUGGCCCAAGGGCUCAGAUACAAUCUCCAAGAACGGGACCCUUUCCUCUGUCACCUCAGCACGAGCCCUCCGGCACCCCCAAGGUCCUCCCAGGCCUGGUGCACUGACCCCCACGCUCAGCCUCUCCAGUCAGGUCCUGCCCUCACCCAGGUUGCCCAGGACAGAUGGGGCCCAACCUCAGCCAAUAUCCCCCAGCCCUGGUGGAGUCUCUUCCUCUGCUCUGAGCCGCAUGGGUGCUGUCCCUGUAAUGGUGCCUGCCCAGAGUCAGGCUGGGUCUCUGGUGUGAUGGUCCAGCCACUUAUUACCCAAGCCAUCUGGUUUCUCUCCUUCCUAUAAGGGUCAGCCCUAGCUCAGAGGCCUGAGUCUUGGGGGACCAUCUUCCAGACCUCCAGUCCUCCACCCACAUCUUUCUCUACUAUGGGAAAACUGAGUCUCAGUUAAGAUCCAAACAUUCGGGAGGUAGAAGAAGAGGAAGUGGACCUCAGAUUAGGAAGAGCGCCCACCCCCUUCCCAGUCCUCCCUAUGACUGCAGGGAAUGCUGGUCUGGGGGAGGACUGCCGGUAAGUGAGUCCUCCAUGCCCCUCCAUCUGUACUCCCUAUCUAACGGCACCAUCACACCCACUUCAGCUCCCUGCGUUUCAUAUAACCCGUCCUGCUCUCUUGGUUGGGUUUUGUUGGGACAGGGGAUAGGGAAGGUAUUUUUUUAAACUAACUUGAAAUGUGUGUUUUUGUUUUUAUUUUGCAAAUUUCAAUAAAGAUGCAUUGUGUUUGUAUG